UGGCUGGAUCAUUAGGACCGAGCCUUCCACUGGAGAGCGCACACGCAGAGCGGCGCAGCGCGGCUCUCGCUCGGUUCGGUGCCAAGCGCGCGGUCGACUCGGUUAUUCGGUCUCUGUCUUCCUGGUGAAUAACACGAGCUCCGGCGCUUUGGUGUGAACUUUGGGUGAAGUUAGAUUUGUUCUUCGCGUCUGUUUGGAUUUUAUUCCCCCGCUGGCGGACGCGCAGAAACGCUUUGAUCGGGACCCUCUCUCUCUCUCUCUCUCUCUCUCUCUCUCUCACUCACUCCGGAGCGCGCUUGACGGAAAAACAAACUUGUCAGUGUGACUUGGCCGGGGGAGCUCUUUGGAGUACGCCGUCCCAGAAAUGGUGGGGCACCUACACCUACAAGCGAUGGACGAAAGCCUGAAAGGAAAGAACCGAGAGGGGCUGCUCGACAGCCCGGAUUCGGGGCUGCCCCCCAGCCCCAGUCCGCCCUUCUGCUCCCUCUCCCCGGCUCCGGUCGAGCCGCGCUCCGGCAGCUGCGCGACGCCCGUGGAGAGCCAUCAUGGAUGUUCCAAGAAGGAGAGCAGGGAAGGCAAACUGCUGCCCUACCUGCUGCUCAGCGCCGGCGGAGCGGACCCCAAGGGCCGCAUGCACCCCGUGUUCUUCGGCGAAAGCAUCGAGGUGAACCCCAAACCGGAGCAGAACAUCAAGUGCAACUCCGAGGUCAGGUACGACUCCGACAAGCACUACCAGGACCGCGUCUACUGCGCCCCCGUUCCCACGGCGACCGCCUUCAGCGAGACGGUGGUGGCGGUGCGCGACUGCACCUGGCGCAGCUACAAGUCCCAGGUGUACCUGGAGCCGCGGCAGAGGCCCGUCAGCUACCGGAGCACCACCAUCAUCUACCCCAAACACGCCAAGAGCACCUACCGCACCACGCUCAGCUACAACGCCGCCGGCGCCCGCCGCUGGUUCGUCUCCACCGUGCAGCUGGAGUCCAGCGAGGACACGAGUCCCUGCAUCAUCUACACGGAGGACCUGUAGGGCCCAGACCCGGCGGGCCCACCCAGGCAGGGGCCGCCUGGCGGUUGAAUAGAGGUCUCUGUGGACUAGGAGCGUGGGGACGACCUGCUCACCUCUGCUCACCUUUAACGCCACGGAGGCAACUCUGGGAAACCUUUAGCGAUACUUCACCUAUUCAGACUUUCUACUGAUGCAGUCUUUAAUAAGGGAAGCGGGUCCCUGGGCAGUUUAAAGCAGCACUUACCUGUAGGUUAACGUCUUAUUUAGCAGAGGAGCCCACAGACUCUGGCCUCGGGGCGACGCAGACGCCCGGCUUCGUCCAGAAGACGUCGCACGGCGGUUACCACGGUUACCGCAUCCUAGCACUCGUCACAGCCGUGGGAGCGGCGGCGCAGCGACGGGGGGAACAAAUCGGACCAAAGACAGCCUGAACAAACAGAAGCUUCUCUAGUUUGACAAGGCUAAAACAGACGCACGCACAUUCAGCUCUAUUCACCAGAAUCACAGCGAUGUGUAAAAGUGAAACAAGCAAAAAAAAAAAAAAAGGAACUCCUUUCAGCAGAAUCUCUGGAGAAUAUUUGAACAUAGGACGUAUAUUUUUCCAAAUAUUUCUCCAACGUAAUCGCCGCAGGUUUGUUCGAGUCAUUUUGUAUGUUUGGUUCCUGGUUCGUUUGUGGGAGGUGCAGGUCAUAGAUUUAUUUAUUGUAUUAGGCGCUGAUUAAAAAACUUGCGUGAAUGCCAUCGUGUUACACUCGCCAGUAAAGUCACUAAAGUCUAACGUGUAUUAAAGUAGAAUCACAUGUGCCUUUAUCUGGUUUAUAUGAGGCACAAAGUUUUAGAUGUUUUAACUAUGAAAUAGUUUAACUCAUCUACUUUAACAGGCCACAUAUUACUGGGCAUAAAGCAACAUAUAGCAUGCAGUUGAUUGACCUUCAGGUAUAUUAUAGAACAGUAAAAAAAAACUAUUUUAUCUCUGUCAAAAGGUGUAGGAUGUGUGCAUUUUCACAGCUUCCUGUAGAACUAAGACUAUUGGUUAUGGCAAUUAUUGAAACUUUACCUCACGUUUUCUUAGGUGUACGUUUUCUUUCACUGCAGGUAUAUAUUCCUGAUGAUACAAUUGACGUUGAAAGCUUAUGAUUUUGUUUCAUUGUAUAGUUUUGAAACACCCUCCAGAUAAGUGUGGACACGAAUGUUAGUAAGGGAGCAUCAGUAUGUAAACAUAGAAAAAGGCAAAGCUUUACAUUGAGAGGGCUCUCAAAUAAACAAGACAAAUAAGCAUAUAUACAAAAGGCCACAACUAAAUGCUGACAUGGCUUUUUGUAUAUAAUCACUGGGGCUGGUUGGGACGGAGGAGAGUUGCGUUGUGUGUUGACGGUCUGUGAGAUGUCAGGGAACGACGGGAGGAAGUUGGAGGGGGUCAAGUUGAACACGCUGGUGGUUUUAUGUGAGAUACUUUUGUUAUUAUUACCCGUGUUCCUGUAAAAUAUUUGCUGUUGUAUAUGUGGCAACGAGGCACUUCAUGAUUCUCUUUAUAUUUUUGUACGUCAAACUUUGCUCCUGGUCCGAUCAAAGAAGAUAAUUUAAUAAGGUGCAUACGAUGCCUAAGAAGUGAAUUAAAAGAGCAAUUCCCCAAACAAG